CAACGGAGGCUCCUUGACAUACUCAUCACCACCGACCACCACCGACAAAGCUCGACAGACGAUCCAAACCACCGGUCGGCAUGUCGUUCUUCGGAUUCGAUGCGACGCUCCCUCGCGAUGGUCCCAACAAAUCCUCAGCCUCGCGUGGCAUGUUCGAGUCCCACGACCCGUUCGCCGGUCUGAGCCGUGGGGAUGGCCGAGACGCCGGCGUGACGCUCGACUUCGAAGAGACCUACGACGGCCUGGGCCAUCAACUGGACGAAUCCGGCGACACCUUCAACGACGACACCUUCGGCGGCGACGAACCGGUCACGCGCGACUCGGUCGGAAGAGAUUUCGAUUUCGCUGGACAGACCGCGGGCGUCCGGGAUACCUUGUUGGAGGAACAGGUUCUGCAUCAAGCCCGUAACCCCAUCCGUCAGACCCGGCUCGGCCAGGCGCCGGCACGGAGCGGUUAUGAGGCCUACCGACAGCCCGAGUACAUCCCCAAGCUCGAGGCGGAUGCGUCCAUCUGGGGGACCUCCAUCGCCUCGCGCUCCAGCGAGCCGGCCCCCGCCCCGGCCGCCACGCAGGCGUCGAAGAUGAUGAGCUUGGAAGAAGUCGAGGCUCAAAUGCGCUCCCAGGCUCGUCCGGCGGCCCAGCAAAACCCGAAUCCCCUGGCCCAGACACAGGGUCUCAAGAGCAUGCUCGGGCUUGGACGGAACGCCGCUUCUCCUGCGCAACAGCCCGUGCUCCAGCAGCAGCGCUCGCCGCAGAUCCUCCAGCGCCCACAGGUGAGUCAACCGGACAUGCAAUCGCAGCAGCUGCAGUACGACCCCAACCUGCGCGCCCCGCAGGUCCUGCAGCGCCAGCAUUCCCCCCUCCAGCAGAUGCAGCAACAGCAAUCGCCCCUCCAGCAACCCGGCCGCCCGCAGUCGCAGAAUUUCGAUGCGCGACAAGGUCAACCUCUCCCCGGGUACCCGCUGCCUCCCCAUGUCGUGCAUCAAUCCGCGCCCCCAGUACAGCCCCCCCGCGGUCCCGCCAUGCAACAACCGGGUCACGGCCGGGGACCCUCGUACAAUGGUCCUCCCGUGACUCACCCUCAGCAGCCGAUGCACCUGUCCGGCACCGAGCGUGAAGCUUUCCUCGCCGAGGAAGCCAAGCGCGCCAAGCGCAACCACAAAAUCUUCCUCCUCAGCAAGAACAAUGGCAUGAUGACCCCCCAGGAUAAGAACUUCAUCACGCGCAUCCAGCUCCAGCAGCUCCUGACCGCCACCGGAGGCGUUUCUCAAGAGCCGGGUGGAGGUGACCCGCUCGCAGAGGAUUUCUAUUACCAGGUUUACGCUCAGAUCCGGGGGCCACCGCGUAGCGGACCUGGCCAGCCUCUCAACCAAUUCGCUCAGACGUACCUCUUCCAGACCGGGGGCGGUAACCGUUAUGGAUAUGGUCGUAGCAGACAUCAUCCACGGGGUGGCAACGGUGGUCACGGUGGAAACGCCGACAACCACGUCGCUCGGAUGGAGCAACAGGUCGCCCGCGCCGUCGAGGCCGCGAAAGCUCGCCCGAAGAACAAACAGCUCACCAUGGAAGGCUCCCUCGGAAAGAUCGCGUUCAGCAAUUCCAAAACGCCGCGGCCGUUGUUGAACAUCAAGCGUCCUGACACGCCGUCGGUCGCCGCGAACGUGCCCGCCAACAGACCCGCGGAUCGCAAGACCGCUCUGCGGAAUGUCGAAGCCUUGUACACGGUUCUCAUGCAGCUGGAAGAUCACGAGAGACGAUUGCCUCCACCUCCAAACGAAGAGAGCCCCCCGGAGGUGAUCGAAGGCCACAUGCGAUGGAGACGGGACAUGCAGGCGUUGAACCAGAGGUUGUGGGAGGCUAGCAAGGUGAUGGAGCCCAUCCAACAGAGCCCUACCACCUCGCACCCCUUCAUCCAAUUCCUCGGCCCGUCCAAGGGCAAGAAGGCCAUCCCCCGCAUCUUCCGCCACCUCGACGACCAACAGCGCCUGACCCUCCUCACGCUCCUCGCCAUCCAUCUCGACAGCCUGGACGCCGUCCGCGACACCUUCCCCUCCCUCGUCUCCGGCACGCCGCUCCCCGCCGCCGUCCGGGACGAGGUCGAGCUCUUCUGCGCCGCCGUCAUGCCGCCGCUCUUCAGCUACGUCAACGAGGCGCCCCUCGGCAUCAUCAUCGGCCUCGUCGGCCUGAUCCUCGACCGCGUCAGCGUCCCCGCCGUCGUCCGCACCAAGGUCGGCAUCAGCAUGCUCACCAUGCUCAUCUCGCGCGCCGAGCUCGUCAAGCAGGUCACCGGCGGCGGCGGCCCCGGCCCCGGCCCCGCCCAACAACCCCCCUCCCCCGACGACUGGCAGCACUGGACGGACCUCUACUCCCGCCUCUUCGACACCGUCGAGCCCAGCCUGCCCGCGCUCUUCCCCGCCACGGCGAACCCUGCCGCCAGCGCCGCCGACGUGCACAUCUGGCAGUUCCUCGCGGCCAUGGGCGUCGCCGCCGGCCCGGACCAGCAGCAGCGCCUCGUGCUCGGCGUCAAGGACCGCGUCAUGGAGACCGUCGCCGUCGCCCGCACCCUGCCCGCCGACGGCGGCAUGCGCGACCGCCGCCUCGCCGAGGUCAACCUCUUCAUGCGCGCCAUCGGCCUGGACGUCGAACUGCUCGGGUGAAGAAAUUCAUAUC